GCAGGAUUUCCAGCCGGUGUAGUCAACCUAAUUCCUGGAUAUGGACCAACAGCUGGUCACGCUAUUUCUGCCCAUAAGGAUGUGGAUAAGAUUGCAUUUACCGGAUCUACUGAAAUCGGGAGGGUUGUGAUGAAAGCAGCAGCGGAAAGUAAUAUCAAAAAAGUUUCUCUCGAAUUGGGCGGAAAGAGUCCCAAUAUUAUAUUUGGAGAUGCUGAUUUGGACUAUGCAGUGCAACAAGCUCAUCAUGGCCUAUUCUUCAAUCAAGGACAAUGCUGCUGUGCUGGCUCGCGAGUGUUUGUUGAAGGAAAGGUUUACGAUGAAUUCGUAGCCAAAUCUAAAGCUUUGGCGGAAAAGCGAGUACUUGGUGAUCCAUUUGACUUGAAAACUGAACAGGGACCUCAGAUAGACCAAGAUCAAAUGAAGACGAUUGAGCGUUAUGUGAAUAUUGGUAAGAAGGAAGGAGCACAGCUUGUUACUGGUACGUCAAUGUCUAUUUAA